UCGAACACUCAUUCGAGACUACCUCAGGCAACAGGCAAUUCCGACUACCUCAGGCAGCUCCAAAGUCUCUGGUGAUUUUCCAACUGAGAUACAUGGGAGUCAAUUACCAGAGAUGCCAUUCAUUGGGACUCGUCACAUGUAGAGGCGUCAACGGAUGUGUCGUCGGCUCCGUAAUGCAAUUGAAUCACUUAUCCUGCCUCUGCUGCAAGAUUGUUUCAGCGAACGUCGUCACCCUCUCGGUGGCCCACAUCAUUUCUGAUUGGUUGGGGCAGAAAUAUAAUGCAGUAUCAAUGGCGAUGUUGGCUUGUCGAUGUAUAUAAUAUGUUAACACCAUGAUGAAUUCUGGAGGUUUUAAUUGCAUGUUUUUGUACUUCUGCUGGAUGGUCAAAUCUUUACUUUUUGUAAACAUUCGGAUUAUGACAAUUUGGUUUUGUUGGAAUUUUAUGUAAGACUUAUUAUUAAUAUGGGC